UCUCCUCCCUUGCUUGCUUCCCAACUUCUAGCUCUCUCUGUCUAUGCUUAGUGCACAGAGGGAGACAGAGACAAAGAGACAGACAGCCAGACAGACAGAGAGAAAGACAGAGAGACAGAGAGACAGAGACAGACAGAUAGAGAGCGAUGGAGUGUAUCAUGCCUCUCUUGCACAUGUGCUGCAGAUCGUUAAGAUUUUCUUCUCCGUCUUCUGCUGGUGCUGCUAGUGUUGGUGCUGCUGCGGCUGAUGAUGAUAUUCAUGCUGAUAACCCCCCUCGCCAGGAAAAGUAUGAUGUGUUCAUCAGUUUCAGAGGUGAGGACACCCGCUUUAAUAUUACUAGCCAUCUUCAUGCUGCCUUAGUUCAGAGGAAAAUUGAAACCUACAUGGAUUGCAACCUCCAGAGAGGAGAAGAAAUCGAACCUGCCCUUCUAGAGGCAAUCGAGAAAUCCACUCUUUCGGUGAUCAUUUUCUCACAAGACUAUGCUUCUUCCACGUGGUGUCUGAAGGAACUUGUGCAUGUACUCAAAUGCAAGGAAAAAUCUGGCCAGAUAGUUAUACCCAUAUUCUAUGACAUCAAUCCAUCUGAUGUACGACGACAGCGCGGGAAUUAUGCACGUGCAUUUGCUCAACUUGAAAAACGUUUCAACGACAGAAUCGAUGAGGUGCAAAAGUGGAGGGAUGCUUUGACCACUGCAGCCAGUCUGUCUGGGUUUCCUUAUUCAGAAAAAUUAAGAACGGAGACGGAAGCAGAUCUAAUUAAGAAAGUCGUUGAUCACAUUUGGACCAGAUUGAAAUGUGAAUCAUCAUGCAAUUUAGAGGGUUUGGUUGGAAUUGAAAGCCGCAUCGAGCAAAUUGAAUCACUAUUAGGCAUUCAUUCACAGGACGCUUGCAUCACUAUAGGUAUUUGGGGUAUGGCUGGUAUUGGCAAGACCACUCUUGCUGAAGCUGUAUUUCAUAGACUCUCUUCUAAAUUUGAAGCCUGUUGUUUUCUUAGAAAUGUCAGGGAGAACUCAGAACAACCACAUGGACUAGAUCACUUGGAAAAAACACUUCUUAAAGAGAUACUAAAGGAGGAAGGUCUGUCCAUAGGAUCAACUUUUGUUCGAGAAAGGCUUAGUCGUACAAAGGUCCUCAUUGUUCUUGAUGAUGCGAGUGAUUCAAUGCAAAUGGAACGUUUAGCUAGCAAUUGUCUUCUGUAUGGCACUGCAAGUAGAAUAAUUAUCACAAGUAGAGAUAAGAGCACACUUCGACAAACUGUUGAAGAGGAUAAGAUCUACGAGGUCGAGGGAUUAAAACCAGAUGACGCUCUUCAGCUAUUUCAUUCACGUGCUUUCAAGAAUACUCCUACAAUAGAUUAUAAGGAGUUGGCAGAAAAGGCGGUGGGUUAUGCUGGAGGUGUUCCUUUAGCUCUUAUAACUCUGGGGUCCUCACUCCUAAAUUGCAAGAGCAAAGAAGAAUGGGAAGAUGAAUUGAACAAGUUGAAACAAUUUCCCAAUGAAAAUAUCCAGAGAGUGUUGCGACUAAGUUAUGAUCGAUUGGGAAGAAAUGAAAAGGAGAUAUUUUUAGAUAUAGCUUGUUUUCAUAAAGGGAAGAAUGUGAAGUAUGUAAAAAAAAUGUUAGGCAUUCGUGGAUUCUUUGCGGCAGCCGGAAUUAGAGUUCUCAUUGACAUGUCUCUCAUAUCAAUUGACUCAGCACAGGAAAUCAUAGAGAUGCAUGAUUUGAUUCAAGAAAUGGGUUACACAAUUGUUCACGAACAAUGUAUUGAAGAUCCUGGUAAACGUAAUAGGUUGUUCAACGAUGAGGAUGUUUACCAUUUACUGGAAAGUAACUCGGGAACUCCAAUUGUUCAAGCCAUAUUGAUUAAAUGUUGGCAAAUUGAAAAGCGACCAUUGAAACAUGCAGACUUCAAAGUGAUGCCUAACCUAAUAAUGCUAAUUGUGGUUUAUUCUGAACAUUUUGGAAACAACAGCACAUUAACCACUUCUCUAGAUCUUCCCAAUUCUCUUCGUUAUCUUUACUGGAAUCGAUAUCCAUUGAAAUAUUUGCCGUCAAAUUUUUCUCCUGAAAAACUAGUUGAGCUUCAUAUGCCCGAUAGCCUGGUUAAGCAGCUUUGGAAAGAAGACAAGGGACUUGUGAACUUAGAAGUCAUCAAUCUACAGUACUCUAGCGAUCUAACUAAAGUUCCAAAUCUCUCUGGGAGUCCAAAAAUUGGGCAAAUAAAUCUUCGUGGCUGUGAAAGUUUGGUUGAAAUUCCUUCAUAUUUUCAACAUCUUGACAAGCUUACUUAUCUUGAUGUUGGAAGCUGCACGAGUCUCUUCAGUGUUACGAACAUUUGCAAGUUGAAAUCUCUCAAGGAACUCGAUCUGUCUAGGUGCUCUAAACUUGAAUCCUUCCCAGAGAUUGUGGACCCAAUCGAACAUUUGGAGUCUCUUAUUUUAAAUAAAACAGCUGUUCAAGAGCUACACUCGUCAAUCAAGUUUCUCCCUGCGCUGAAAAGAAUUAAAUUGAACGGUUGCAGAAGGCUUUUAAGUAUCCCAAAGAGCAUUUGUAAGUUGAAAUAUCUUGAGAGUCUUGACCUCAAAUGGUGCUCAAUAUUUUACAAAUUCCCUCAAAUCUUGGAGCCAAUGGAACAUCUGAACUUUCUUAGUUUGGAAGGCACAGCGGUCGAAAAGCUUCCUUCGUCUGUUGGAAAUCUAGUUGGGCUUGAGAGAUUAGAUCUUGGUAUGUGCAAGAACCUUAAAGUAGUCUCAAGAAGUAUCUACAAUUUGACCAAUCUUAAAAUUCUCAGCUUUUAUGCCUGUCGGAAACUUAAAAAAUUGCCUUCCAACUCUGUCGGUUUGCUCUCUUUGGAAGUACUAAAUCUCAGUCGCAGCAGUAUAUUAGGAAUCCCCGAUGGCUUCGUUUGCACAACCUCAUUGCGAGAUUUAGAUCUGAGUAGAAGCAUGAUUAGGAGCUUACCUGCGUGCAUCAAACAAGCUUCUCAGUUGUCUACACUCUGCUUAAUUGGCUGCAAGUGGCUUCAAUCUUUACCAGAGCUCCCAGUAGUACGUUUACUUCAAGCACAUGGCUGCACGUCACUGAAGACGGUGUCAAGUUCAAGGACCACACACUACACACAAGGUUGGGAUAAAUAUGAAUAUUUUGGAGAACUUGAUUUUUCUAAUUGCCGAAAUUUGGAUCAAAAUGCAAGGAGCAACAUAAUGGAUGAUGCACAGCUUAGAAUUAUGCAAGUGGCAAUUGCAUCGUCAAAGUUAAGAGGAGAAGAAGAAGAAGAAGAAGAAGAAGAAGAUGAAGAAGAAGAUGCUGAUGAAGACCACGACCAUGAGUAUUACAGUUAUUGGCCUUUGGUUAGCAUUGUAUGUCCGGGAAAAAAAAUUCCAAAUUGGUUCAGCUAUCGAAGUGAGGAAUCUUCGGUAAUCAUCGAGCUUCGUCAAGAUUGGUUUCGAACAGGUUUAUUGGGUUUCGCGCUCGCUGUUGUUGUUUCUUGGGAGUUGAACUGCCAGCUGAACUGGAUGGUAAGAGCUAGUUUCAACGUCAAAUUCAAGGGUGAAAGCCACGAAAUGUUCACUAGUGAACUCGAUAUCAGACAAGCCAGUUGGAAAUUGAAUGACUACUGUUACGACCAACGUCACGUGUACCUAUGGAAUGAGGCCUUUAAAAGUGAAGAGGUAGCAAAAAAAUGCUCCCCUGACUUUUGCAACCUUGCCAAUGAAGCCUCUGUUGAAUUCUGCCUGGUGGAUGAGGAUUCCGGCGAACCCACUUCCUACAUGAAGGUGGAGAAGUGUGGGAUAUACCCAUUGUAUGUCGAAGAUGCUGAGAGAUUCAAAUGUGGUCUUGUCAUUGUCAGCGGCAGCACUGAGGCAAAGAGAGUAAGGCCUGUUCCUUGGACCUCUCACUUUGAAAUAGGCCUCAUGCCUCAUCUUGCAUUGAGACGGCAUUGGUCAUCGUGCCAGGGGAACCAAAAGAAGAAGAAGAAGAAGAAAGACACCAUGAUAAUUUUGAAGCCAAUGAGCCCAAAACCAAUGGAUCAGGUGAUGAGUCUGAAGAAGAAGCAAGUGGAUCAGGUUUUGCCACAGCAAAUUGCCGGUUUUGGCCAUUACUUCCACACGUCUGUCACCGAUGCAUGCUCUAUUUGGACUGAGUCUUCUCGGUUUUUCUCAGCUUUCUCACAGAUCUAG